AUGGUCGACGCGCAGAGCUCGCUCCUUGCGGAGCUCGCGUCGCGGUUCCCGCUGACGGUGCCGAUACCGACACCCUUAACGAAUCCGGAGCUCAUCCGCACCUCAGACCUCGCAGUGGAGGAGGACCUCUUGCACAACCCGGACAACAUGCGUCUGUGGCUCAACCACAUCGCGGCCAUCAAGGACCGGAUCGGCAAAGCACUGCCGCCGAAGACACACGACCUGUCGCCCGAGGAGAAGAUGCUCGGUCUCCUCGCAUACCCCGUGGCGCGGGAUGGGCUGCGCGAGCUGGUGAUGGUGUACGAGCGCGCACUCGCCGUCUUCCCGACAAACUACAAGCUGUGGAAGUCGUACUUCCUUACACGGCAGGAGUACGUGAUGGGUACUCUCACCGAGGACGCGGUCAAGGCGCGCGCGCACCAGGCCAAGCGCGGAGCGGCGUACAAAACCAACGUCAAGGAGCUGCUUGACGAUGCCGAGGACACGAACAUUUGGGAGGGCGGUCUUGACGGCGUCGUCGGCUUCGAGGAGUGGCGCGCUCUCUUCGCCACGGGCGAGCGCAUGCUCCACUGGCUCAGCAACCUCCCCGUCCCAUGGCUCCUCCACCUGUCCAUGAUGUUGCACCCCAAGUGCCCACCCAUGUUCAAGCGGACGUACGCGCGCCGCACGUUCGACCGCGCCCUCCGCACCCUCCCACCCAGUUUGCAUGGACGCAUAUGGGGCCUGUACCUCCGCUGGGCUGAGAUUGUCGGCGGCGAAGCGGGCGAGCGCGUCUGGCGCCGCUUCUUGAAGAUCGACUCGUCCCUCACCGAGCGCCACAUCACGUACCUUCUCGAGGCGGAGCCGCCCCAACCCUUAGCCGCGGCGAAAUACCUGCUGUUGCUGGCACGUCGGGCGGCGCAGAACCUCUACUCCUCGCUUGAGGGUAAGUCCCCGUACCAACUCUUCGUCGACUUCCUCGAGCUCGUGGAGAAGUACGCGGACGAUCACAAGUCUGGCGAUCGGCUGAACCGGAUUGCGGGACCGGCCGUGCCAACUUCCUCGAGGGGCAUAUUGCACAAGCCACCACCAAAUCUCGGCGGGGCUGGUAAGGAGUCCGACACGGCGGUCCUGGAAGACGAAGACACGGACCCGUCCAAUCCAAGGCCACUGGACGUCGAGGGUAUCGUCCUCCGCGACGGUUUAAAUGUAUACAAGGACCAGGCUGGACGACUGUGGACUGGCCUUGCGACGUACUGGAUCAAGCGCGGCGAGCUGGACCGUGCUACUGCGACCUUUGAACGAGGCCUGGCCGAGGUUGUCACGAUCCGCGACUUUACGCAGAUCUUUGACGCAUACUCCGAGUUCUCAGAGACGAUUGUGUCGUCGCUGAUGGACGCCCUUGCCGAUGAGGAGAACCUCGAGGACGAGGACUUUGACGUUGAGGAGACCGAGGGCGAGCUCGACGCCCGCAUGAAGGCGUUCGAGGACCUGAUGGACCGCCGUCCGUUCCUCGUAAACGACGUGCUGCUACGCCGGAACCCGAACGACGUUGUCGAAUGGGAGAAGCGGGUCGCGUUGCACGCGGGUGACGACGAGGCCAUCGUCGCGACGUACCUCAAGGCCAUCGACACGAUCAACCCCCGCAAGACCACGAGUCCGCUGUACCCUCUCUACGUCAACUUUGCCAAGUUUUACGAGGAGGGUGGGUCUGUGGACCCCAGCACCGGCGAGCCAGGUAACGACCCCGACAUUGGGGAGGCGCGCAAGAUCUUCGAGAAGGCGACGCGUGUGUCGUUCAAGGCCGUCGAUGAGCUGGCCGAGGUAUGGUGCGAGUGGGCCGAGAUGGAAUUGCGGAAUGAGGACUACGAGGAGGCGAUCCGGCUCAUGCAGCGCGCGACGACGGUGCCGAAGAACACCAAGGUCGACUACUACAACGACAACCUACCGCCGCAGACGCGCAUGUUCAAAUCGCUCAAGCUGUGGUCGUUCUACUCGGACCUCGAGGAGUCGAUCGGGUCAGUCGAGUCGACCAAGGCAGUGUACGACAAGAUCAUGGAGCUCAAGAUUGCGAAUGCCCAGACAAUCGUCAACUACGCAACCUUCCUUGAGGAAAACAAGUACUUUGAGGAGAGCUUCAAGGUGUACGAGCGCGGCAUCGAGGUGUUCAACUUCCCGAUUGCGUUCGAGAUCUGGAACAUCUACCUGUCCAAAUUUGUCAAGCGUUUCGGGGGGACCAAGUUGGAGCGAACGCGCGACCUGUUCGAGCAGGCGCUCGAGAACUGCCCACCCAAAUUCUGCAAGCCUCUGUACCUUAUGUACGCCAAACUCGAGGAGGAGCACGGUCUCGCCAAGCGCGCCAUGGGCAUCUACGACCGUGCCGCGUCGACGGUCCAGGACGCCGACAAGUUCCAGAUGUACACCAUCUACGUCGCCAAGGCGACGGCUAACUUUGGUCUCCCUGCCACGCGGCCAAUCUACGAGCGGGCGAUCGGCGCGCUCCCGGACCGCGAGACCGCGAUCAUGUGCCGCCGUUUUGCGCAGAUGGAACGCAAGCUUGGCGAGAUCGACCGUGCGCGCGCGAUCUACGCCCACGCGUCGCAGUUCUGCGAUCCGCGCGUCGACAAGGCGUUCUGGGCAGAGUGGAGCGAGUUCGAGAUCGACACGGGCUCAGAGGAGACGUUUCGCGAGAUGCUCCGGAUCAAGCGCGCUGUUCAGGCCAGCUACAACACGAACGAGAGCUUCCUCGCUGCGCAGAAGGCUGCGGCUGUCAGCGGUGGCGAGAAGCCGACGGAUGCCGCCGAAGAGGCCGCGCGCGAGGCUGCCGAUCCCAUGGCGGCGAUGGAGCGCGAGAUGGGCGGUGGCGGUGCGCCGGCCUUCGUCGCUUCCACCCUCAAGGCGCAGGCGCAGCACGAGGAGAUGGUCCCUGCCGAGGGCGCAGCCAACCCGGACGCGAUCGAUAUUGCAGAUGACGAGUUCUAG